AUGGAAAUAGCGACUGAGGCGGCUGAGCUGCUUUCCACAGCGGUAGGGGGCGAGCAAGUGGAAAGGAAAGUGUUGGGGCUGGGCGGUGGCACUCCCGACCCUGGGGGGCCUCGGGGCUGGAGGCUGGGCCGCCGAGAGGCCGCGGCCUUCGAGCAGCUGAAUCGGGAAGAGGAGAAGAAGCUGGAACGAUUCAGCAGCUCCAGGCUAAACCUGGAGAACGCGAGAGACUUGGAAAACUUGGUUCAAAGGCGAAGAGAAAAACCACUGAGGCGUGGAGUCCCCCCCAGGACACCAGAGCCCGUGGAGCCGCAGGCCCCGCCGGAGCCCGUGCCCCCCGAGCUGUUCCUGAAGGCGGCUGCGGACAACUGGGAAGCCCUGGUGGACAAGUUCCUGGCCGAGGGCGGGGACCCCAAUGCGCACGACAAGCUCGGCCGCACGGCGCUGCACUGGGCCUGCCUGAGGGGCCACGCGCGGCUGGUGGACUCGCUGCUGGCGGCCGGCGCCACCGUGGAUGCCCGGGACCUGCUCGACCGGACGCCGGCGUGCCGGGCCUGCCGCGGCGGACACCUGGGCGUCCUCAAGCGGCUGCUGGAGCGGGGGGCCCGGGUGAAUGCGCACGACAAGAUCCGGAGCACCCCCCUCCACGUGGCGGUGCGCACCGGGCACCCCGACUGCGUGGAGCACCUCAUCGCGUGUGGCGCCCGCCUGGACGCGCAGGACCAGGAGGGGGACACGGCGCUCCACGAGGCCGUGCGGCACGGCCAGCACCGAGCCGCGAGGCUGCUGCUGCUCCACGGCGCCGGGCUGGGCGUGCGGAACGCCGCCGCCCUGACUCCCGUGCAGCUGUCCCGACACUGGCAGCGGGGCAUCCAGGAAGCGCUGCAGGCCCACGCCGGGCACCCCCGCACCCGGAGCUGA